AAAUAUUAAUGACUACCUGUACAGUCGCAAACUGUGGUCAGUAAGCACAUGUUUUCUUGUAGUGGCAGUUAACUUACAAAGAUAGUAACACCCAUUUAAUUCUUCUUCUGUAUAUGCAGAACUUUAGUUUUAAGAAGAACACACAUACGGUUAAAAUUAGAAAAGGUGAGAUUUCAAUAAGCCGAAGCACAAAACACAGAUAAUGUUUUUCUUCUGCGUAUGCUUGAGUUUUCAGAAGAAAAGGUACGAUUUCAGAAAGAAGAGAAUGAAUAGAAUUGUACACAGAUGCGCACAUAGCUGAUAUAUACCAAAUAAUUAGUCUCUAACAUGUCAAAUCACCCGUGCACAACAUUCAUAUCAUUCUCAAAACUUGACAUAGCUUAAUACGACGACGUACCGAAAUGGGCUUAUAGAUCUCCUUUAGGGCACUUGUUAACUCACUUCUCUCUCUAGAAAUAUCCUAUGCCUUCUCUCUUUGUUCACUCCGAUUACUGGCUGACGUCGUUUGACUCUCAUAGCCAAGGCGUCGGUCGGGAUUUCUUGUUCUUCUAUUUCCUAGCUUUGUUUGGUGUAGUUUUCACUUCAUAAAGCUGGUUUUUAAAUCAAGUUAAAAGAUCCAUAUUUUUAGAUUUGAAUUGGAUGAUCUUGCAUGUGGCGUUUGCGGUUUCUAUCUCGGUGCUUGUGCUUGGAUGGCUCAAAAUUUUCGGAGUUUAGGCUUCGUUGUGACACAAUCACCGAUUACCGCUUCGUCUUGGUUUGCUUUCAUCCGAUUCUUGUCUAUUUGUGCCAUGCAUGUUCCUGCUUCAAGUGGUGAACACGCUGUGUGUAAGAGGAGUGAUUUCUCUUGGUGUUGGUGCUACGGGUUCAGUCACGGUGUUGAUCAUCGAUAUUUUCUGGCUCCAAUCCAUUGUUAGGCUCUUAUCCUCAAACUGUGGGAAGGCGCUAGACUCACCGGUUCUCUCCUCGUCUUACUGGAUUUGAUCUCCUUGCUUUCGAUCUCACACUCUCCUAUAUCCUCUUGGAGCAAAAAUAAAGAGUCAAGCUUGUGUCUCAUCUCCUAAUAAUAUACAACUUUGUUAUGUCUCGUCUCUCUUUCUCUUCAACUCAGUUCUUAGUUUACUUGGGUGUCUAGUUAUUUGAUCUUUAAAUCUUGUUUUAUUAUGCUUAUCGGAUUGUUUAAUUUAGCUUAUGGGAAUAUAUGUUUAUAUUCUUCGGCUUUAGUCUCCAAAGACAUACCUUUGUCUAUUGGCUUUUGUGUUAGGGAUUAGUCUAUGGGGUUAUCUUCUUAUAUCCUUGUUGUAUUCCACAAACGAAUUUCUCCAUGUAUCCUUCAAGUUUAAUAUAUCAUCAGUGUUUAAAAAAAAAAAAAUCUCCUUUAGGGAGGUAAAGUCACAAUAACCACUAUGAAAGAAUAACAAUUGAAGUUCUGUUUUCACAAAUAUAGCACUUGCUGGUGGUGUAUAUGGAAUGCAAUACUCUUAAAUAUUAUAUACUAAUAUUUUUUGUAAUUUUUAAAAUUUUGAGUAAGAUAUGUACAUUUUUGUGAAAUAGUAGAGAGUGUUAAUUAACAUGAAUGAUCCAAAAAUCCUCGCCACACGUCUGAGAGAGUUAAUAGGCCCACUAGAAACCCAAAUCAUACAUUUAGAGCCCAUUAAAUUUCACGAAUCCUAGUUUCCCUCUCUCGGAGAAGAUUAGAAGGGGAAAAAGAAGAAAAGGUCGUGAAUGUCUCCGUCCCUCCUCAGGUCUCACGCAAGCUAAAAGGAUCGGAAUCCGGAAUAUUCCCGCCGCCUGUGAAUCUCCGCCGUUAUUAGACAACGGAAAAUCGUUAGUCGGUUUACUGAAGUGCAGAAGCGGCUAGUGAUGUCUCUGAGGAUAAAAUUAGUGGUGGAUAAGUUUGUGGAGGAGCUGAAGCAAGCUCUUGACGCGGAUAUACAAGAUCGGAUCAUGAAGGAGAGGGAGAUGCAGAGCUAUAUCGAAGAGCGAGAGCGCGAAGUCGCUGAGCGAGAAGCCGCCUGGAAAGCCGAGCUCUCUCGCCGCGAGGAAGCGAGGUUGAAGAUGGAGAGAGAGAAUCUGGAGAAGGAGAAGAGCGUUCUCAUGGGGACCGCCUCGAAUCAGGAUAACCAAGACGGAGCUCUCGAGAUUACUGUGAGUGGUGAGAAGUAUCGGUGUCUUAGAUUCUCCAAGGCCAAGAAAUGAGGGCACAAAAGGGUGUGUGUACUCCUUUUCAUUAGCAAUUAGAUAUGAUGAUGAAAUGGAAAAGAAAUUGUUGAAACGAUACUAAGUUUGUGUAAUAAUUGAUUUCAGUGAAGACAAAUUUGUGUUUCCUCCU